AUGUCGCAAUACAUCGGGAAGACAAUUUCUCUUAUUUCUAAUAAGGGGCUUCGUUAUGUUGGUCUUUUAGAGAACAUCAAUGCAGAUGAUGCAACUGUUGCUUUGAAGUCAGUAAGAUUAUUUGGAACUGAAGGUCGUAUGGCAGCAAUGGGUCAACCUAAUUUAGAAGUCCCUCCUGGUGUUGAUAUAUAUGAUUAUGUUGUGUUUAGAGGUUCAGAUGUCAAAGAUUUGUCAGUUUUAGAUACUCCUAUUGAUGAAGUUAAACCAAACAUUUAUCGCCCUCCACCACAACAACCACAACAACAACAAGGAGCAACUACUGGUCAAUAUUAUUCUGGUCCUACAUCUACAUCUUCUCAGAAUGGUACUCCUCAAACUCAAGCUCAAGCUCCUGCCACCACCACAACCACAACUGGAUCACAGUCUUAUAAACAAGCUAGUUCAAGUGCCCCAACUCAAGCCUCUCCAGCUCAAGCAGCUCCAGCUCAACCAGUUCAAACUUCUGCCCCAGAAGCUUCAACAUCAUAUCAACAACCCACCAAAACUGUAAAUGAGGAAGCAGCAACAAAAACUGUCACUAAUGAUCAACCAGCCGAUGCUCAACCAGGUUCAGUUCCCCAACCAACAGCUACCAAGCAGCAACAACAGGCAAGAAAGGGAUCAAAGGUGGAUAUUCCAACUGAGGAAUUUGAUUUUGAACAGGCAAAUGCCAAGUUUUCUAAGGAACUAGAACAAGAACGUGAACUUGAACAUACUGGAUAUAAUAAAAGCUCAUCAUUUUUUGAUAACAUUUCAUCGUCAACUGAUGAAAGAACAAAUAUGAGAUGGCACGAAGAAAGAAAUUUGAAUAUGGAUACUUUUGGUGAAGCUUCUUUACAAAGAGGAAGAGGAAGAGGAAGAGGCAGAGGUGGAAGAGGUAAUUGGAGAGGCAGAGGGAACUAUCGUGGUAGAGGUGGUGGUGGUAACUGGAGAGGUGGUAGUAGCAAUCGAGGAAGAAACAGUGAUUAUAAUACUAAACCAGAAUGGGCAUAA